AUGUAUAAAUCCCUUCUUCUUUGUGCUUUACUUAUAGCAACUCAAGCUGGACAUGUCAGAAAGUCUCAUGGAUCAGUUCAUUAGAAGAGAGUCUUCAAUAGUGCCUUCAUGGAAUUCGUGAAUUUGGGAGAUUCUGAUUAUCACCUUAACCCUAAGGAAGCUCAACAUUGGGCAUAGAUAACCACAGAAGAGACCAAACAUGAUAAAUAAGCCAAGAAACAUGCCUCAUUAGUCCAAACCAAUGAACAAUACGUUCCUGGAGUUGUGGGCCAAGUCACUGAUUUAUCCAAUAAUGCUGGAGUGUGCUCAUACACUGUAACUGAUAUCAAUGGAAAUGUCCUUGAAUAGGAUUCAGGUGAUCAUUUACCAAAACAAUUCUACAAUGCUUAUUUGCAAAUGACCUAAGAAAUUGAAAAGGGUCCUGCCAUGAUCAAAUUAUAAACUGAUUUGGAUAACAUCAUUAGAGAAGACCAAUUAGAACAAGAGACAAAGGCAGAACAAUAAUCUUAGGCUCUUGAAGGUACUGCUCUUUCAGAAUAAGAACAAUGAUUAACAUAUCACACCAUAUUAUCUAAUAAUUAUAGAGGGUUGUC